CAAGCUGUUUCGAGAUGAUGAGAAGGCUCAGUACCAGGAGCAGGGGCGACACCUUAUUCCUUGGAUGGGAGACCCCAAGAUCAUGAUCGAUAGGUCGGUGUAACACAACCCCUAGACUGUGCUGCGAGAUCUCCUGUUAUAGCCUCUUUCUGUGCCUCCCCUUGUGCUGUGGGCAAGUGAGGGCGGGGGAUGAGCGGAGGGCUCGCUGCCAGAUGUGUGGGGAUCUUCAUUGGCAGCGUUGGAGGGCCGCGCCUCUUGCUAGGCUGCUUCCAGUGCUGUGUGUGGAAUGCUGCUGUCCUCGGCAGUGGGAACUUGGGGUUCCCCUCUCUGGCAGUGUUGGGAAGUUCCCUUCUUUUUUGACACCAUUGUGCGGGGUCUUCCUCCUCCACUUGCUCGGUCUGAGUUUGCGCAGUGGAAGGGGGGAAUGAUCUGUUUCCAUGCAAACCACAGACAUCUUUUCUCACUCGAAAACCAAGAGAACAUGGGAGCUUUUAUUAGGAGCGUUAUGCAUUCUCUUAGCAAGCAGGAUGCAGUGUGGGAAGUGAAAAGAUGUCUACCCACCUUGCAGAAAAUGAGAUUUAUUUCUGUAUAAUCUUGACUACAAGCUGUUGAUGGAGUACCCCAAGAGCAAUUCUUUGUCUGAUUGCAUUUUCCUUGUGCCAUGUGUGAAUCACUGUAUCAACCAGAAUGGCCCUGGUUUUGGGCGCUUGCUUUUCAAAUUUUAUGUUGUAGAUGGCUUUUUAGGUUGUUGAGGAAUAGGUACCAGAGAGUACUAUGGCUAGAGAGUGUAUCAGAAUCUGGUGGUUUGAGUUUUGUUCUGGUUUCUUAGCAAUAUCAGCGGUGCAGAGUGGGAUUUAGAAACAGUUUAUUCAGAUGAAUUUUCUGAGCAUUUACCUGGAGAAAGAAAAUUAGAAGUCAAGUUGGGUAUACAUGAGUGGAGCUCUAAAAGUACAGUUCAAUACAAUUUAAGAAGAGUUAUGGCUGACCCUGACCACCUCACUGGGAAAGAUGGCAGGAUUUUGGCUUGAAAAGGAUCACAUGGCAUACUCUGCUAUUUGUUCCCUCAAUUUCAUUGUUGAUUUAAUGCUAAGCAUGAUUUUUCUUGUUUCAAUUUAAUGCAACUCAAGACAAUGCAAUUGUCUUGUAAAAGAAUCCUCAAGAGUGGAGAAAAAAGAAACAACCUUGGUGCAAUGUUGGAUUCUUAUGGUUGAAGUUUAUUUGUUAAAUUUGAGUAAAUGUGAAUAUGUGAAAAAAACAAUUGUAUAUUGAUAUUAUGUUGCACUUCUUAUUUACGUGAGAAGUGUUACAAUACAGCAGCUCACUUCUGUGGUCUCGUUAGUAGUAGAGGCCAUUUUGUGGUUAUAUGCAGCAGUAACCCAGUUUGUGGUAGUCACAGAAAUUGUUGGGAGCAAAAAUAAGUAUGUGCAUGUACGUACAUAAAUACAAUACCCCAAAAAUUGAAAUAACAUACAUGCAUAAGUUAAGGAAGCUUGCAUUUACUAAUCCUAUAGACUCCUUUAGAAGCUUAGAUUCUUUUUAUCUCCAGCAGCAAGAAGUCUUCAUUUUCACCAUUUUGAGAAAAGCACGUUGCUGUGGGAAGACAUGAGUUGAAGGUUCUCUAACAGAGCUUGAUUAACCAGACCUACAUGUUUCAUUAACUUUUUGCUAUUAGAAUAUUUACUUUCUUUGUUUUUGGUCUAGCAAGUUGGCACAAGUCAAGAGUUGUGUAUGGGAAGACACCUCAGCGGAGUGGACUUUACUGACGCUUUUCAAUCAGUUUCUUUUAUGAUGCACACACCUUAUCCCAAUGCAAUGCUUUUCCUGCAAAUAAAAUUGUUUCUGCGUAGUAGAAAGGAAGUGUACAUCAUUGAUCUUUGCCGUUUUUACGGUGAACCUCCUUAAAUUGCAUGUAUAUGUUACUGUUCCUAUGUAUGUGUGUCUCUCUAUCACAUAACCCAGAACUUAUUUCCUCAGCCAAAUGGCUAGGGGCCGAGCCUAGCCAUGAUUUUACCUCCAAUGGACGCAAGUUUCUAUGGUGAAGAUAUCUCCUGAGAGUUCGGGACUAGCAGAAAGAAGCGAGGAAAUUUCGACCGUUUGGUUCUUACGGAUAGGUAUUUAUGUAUUCGGGUUUGUGUGAAUGUAAGCUAUUUGACUUUCCAGAAAACGAUAUUUUGCAAGUGACGUUGAUUGGUUGGUUGAACCACGUACGGUAAGAGCUGUUAAGGAAAUGGAUCCCGCUUAACUAUUAAAGGAUAGCUUGGCCUUUAAUUGUAAUAAUUUUUUAGUUUCUUUGAGAGGAAUUUAGACUAUUAAACAAAUUUUCAAUAGUUGGUGACAAAUGAUAAGCAAAAUUAAAUGUAAAUUCUAAAAGGAAAUAUGCUUUAACAUAAAAGUGCUUUUUUUGUUGUUUUGUUUUGGUUUUUUUUUUUUCACUUUUAAUGGGUAAGUAUUUAAGUAGUCACAUGAACUCAAGCCCUAAGUUCUUUGCAUUGACCAGCUUUUUCGUCCUGCAGGUAUGAUGGGCGCGGUCACCUGCAUGACCUUUCUGAGUAUGAUGCUGAAUAUUCUACGUGGAACAGAGAUUAUCAGUUAUCUGAAGAGGAAGCUAGAAUAGAGGCCCUCUGUGAUGAAGAGAGAGGAGGAAUAUAAAAGACUGAGCGAAGCUUUGGCUGAAGAUGGUACCUAUAAUGCAGUGGGAUUUCGUUAUGGCAGUGAUUAUUAUGACCCUUCAGAACCCACUGAGGAGGAGGAGCAUCAGCCUGCAAAACAAAGAGAAACAGCUCAGACAGAAAAUGUGGAAGAAAAUGAAGAACCUUUUGUUGCCCCUCCAGGACUGAAUGUACCUUCUGAUGUGGAACUGCCACCAACAGCAAAAAUGCAUGCGAUUAUAGAACGAACUGCAAAUUUUGUCUGCAAGCAGGGAGCUCAGUUUGAGAUUAUGCUGAAAGCCAAGCAAGCACGCAACUCCCAGUUCGACUUCUUGCGAUUUGAUCACUACCUCAAUCCCUACUACAAAUUCAUUCAGAAGGCUAUGAAGGAGGGGCGAUACGCUGCUCCUUCUGAAAAUAAAGCAGACGAGAAAAAACAUUCGAAAGUCAAAUCUGAGGAGGAGGAUGAUGACGAUGAUGAUGAUGAUGGAAACUAUCUGCAUCCGAGUCUCUUUGCAUCUAAAAAAUCCAGUAGACUUGAAGAGCUCGUGAAGCCUUUGAAGGUAGUAGAUCCUGAUCAUCCACUUGCAGCGCUGGUCCGCAAAGCACAAUCAGAUAAUAAUUCAUCAACACCGCAAUCAACAGAUGGGGCAGCUGUACAAACAUCACAAGUGGAAUAUUCCUCUGAUUCAACUGUGGCAGCCAUGUAUUAUAGUUACUAUAUGCUACCUGAUGGAACCUACUGCCUCGCGCCUCCACCUCCAGGAAUAGAUGUUGCCACCUACUACAAUGCCUUGCCUGCAGGGGUGACUGUAUCCAGCACUACAGGGGUAGGAACUGUACCUCCACCACCUGGUACGACACCUCCACCUCCCCCUGACACAAGUGAUAGCAGCAGUGGGUUGACCUCUACCACAACUUCUACAAGCACAAUUACUCCAGUGGUUGCCAUUAUACCUCCACCCCCAGAUAUCCAACCUGUUAUUGACAAGCUGGCUGAAUAUGUUGCUAGGAAUGGGAUAAAAUUUGAAACAAGUGUUCGUGCCAAGAAUGAUCUCAGAUUUGAGUUCCUACAACCAUGGCACCAGUAUAACCCUUAUUAUGAAUUUAAAAAACAGUUCUUCCUUCAAAAAGAGAGCAGUGACAACUGUCAGGGAGUGUCUUCAUCCGAAGAUGUUCCAGCAGAUUCUACCACUGAUGCACCAAGUGAAACUCAGCUUGCAGAUGGGCACACACCUGAAGAUGGAUCUGAGCCAAGUGCUAAGGGAGCUCUAGAAACUAAAAAGGAUGUUCCUCCUAAAACUGUCAGUGAUGGCAAAUUGGUAAAAGCAUCAUUUGCUCCAAUAAGCUUUGCAAUCAAGGCCAAAGAAAAUGACCUUCUUCCUUUGGAGAAAAACCGUGUCAAAUUAGAUGAUGACAGUGAUGAGGAGGAAGAAGAGGGCAAGGAAGGCCAGGAGAGUGCUAAUAGUGCUUCAAAUAAUACUCCAGCUGUUACCACUCCUUGUGUUGCUGCUGAAGAGAAAAAGCCUCAACUUACACAGGAGGAGUUGGAAGCUAAACAAGCAAAACAGAAACUUGAGGAUAGACUAGCAGCUGCAGCAAGAGAGAAGCUUGCACAGGCCUCCAAGGAGUCAAAGGAAAAGCAGCUACAAGCAGAGCGCAAAAGGAAAGCUGCACUGUUCUUGCAGACCCUGAAAAAUCCUCUGUCAGAGGCAGAAACCGAGAAGGUGGAGGAGAAUUCCUUCAGUGUUGAGAGUGUCAGUAGUAUAUCAUGUCCUGUGACUGCAGUCAGAACGUUACCUGCCUUAGAAGUUAGCAGAACUUCUGCAGCAGAAAGGCCUUCAAGCAAAAGCAGAGAUCCUCCUCGGGAUGAAGAAAAAGAAAAAAAGAGAAAAAAACACAAGAAAAGAUCUCGGUCAAGAUCUCGAUCACCUUUCAAGUAUCAUUCAUCAUCUAAGACCAGAUCUAGAUCACAUUCAAAAGCAAAGCACUCACUUCCCACUGCCUAUAGGACUGUCAGGCAUUCAAGACUCACAGCAUCCACAGGGACACUGAGCAUGGAACCGAGUCUGAGCAGCUCAUCAGUGGCAGCAGCAACAGAGCGGGAAAGUUAUCAGGCAGCUUCGACAACGAAAAGAUUUGACUGCUGGCGCUCUUUUGAGGGAAAUCCUGGUAAAAUGUCAAGGUCACGAUCAAGGUCACCUAGGAGGAGAGCUCACACACCAGAAAGGCGGAGAGAGGAAAGGAGUGUUCCAACAGCUUAUCGCAUUAGUAAUAGUCCUGGAAAUAGUAGGAAACGUGCACGAUCCAAAAGUCCCCAUGAGAAGAAGAAGAAGAGGAGGUCUAGAUCACGAACUAAGUCCAGAGCUAGGUCUCCUUCACCUGCUGUGUCACCAGGCAAACCAUCCACACACAAAAAUUCUGUGCAUUCAAAUAGCGUCUCUCCUGUGGAGAGCAGGGAAUCCAGCCAGGAACGCUCCAGGGGAGUUUCUCAGGAAAAAGAUGGCCAAAUCUCUUCAGCAAUUGUGUCUUCAGUGCAGAGUAAAAUCACUCAGGAUCUUAUGGCCAAAGUGAGAGCAAUGCUUGCAGCUUCCAAAAACAUUCAAACUAGUGCCUCCUGAGACCUGUUGAUCUGAUCAUCAAGAAAUUAUGUAAAAGAACAACGUUAAAACUGCCUCAUCUCAAAUGUACAGCUGAGCGUAGCUCACUUGGUUCACAACUCUCUAAUAUUACCAGAACUUGAGGAGCUAAAACCUAUCUUUCUGUACAGAACUGUCUCCUUGAAAUUUCAUUAAAUUUUUUCAGGCAGAAUAUCUUUGGGAAGUUUUUGGUUUUUGUAUAUUGAUUUUUUUGACUAAUUCUUCAGUAACAUUUUAUGAUCAGCAGUCUAUAUGUGUAUAUUUGUAAAUACUACGUUUCUGUGAUAAAAGUAUUACACAAUAAUAAAGGACAAAACAUCUUUCAUUAGCUCCAGAGUUUUUGUAGAGUCCUUAACUGUUUGAGGUUGACUUCUGUUACGUAUUUCUUUUCUUUAAUUCUUUCUGGUUUUGAAAUAACAACUGUCUAGCUUCUUUAGGAUGAAAAAUAAUUUUAAUCUCACUUCAGGUACAGGAUUAUCUAAGAAUGCUUGUUUAUUUGGAUGUUAGUAGUGGAGAUUUCUGAACAGGGGGACAUAAUUACUAUCUCUUAUUUAGAGUGGUCUGUGAUCUGAUCUGUAAUCAAAUUGUAGUUACUAUGACUUUGGUUCUAAUUUUCACUAGUUUCUUAUAGUUUAAGGGUUAUAUGCAUAGUAUCUAUUACUAAAGAUACUCUAUUUUUAAUGACUUAGCUUUCUAGUUGGCUCUUCAGUCAGCUGUUGGAUAACCUGUUAUUUAUAAAACCAAAAGUCAAUUAUUUGGGGAUCUUAGUGUAGAACGUUUAAAAUUAAUUUUCCUUCAAGUAGAGAGACCUUGCUUACACAAAGUGCAGCUACUAUCAAAUUGAGUUAAUGGUUUGGCACUGAACUACUUGGCUCUACGAAGAAGCUGACAGCUGUUGAAAUAUACCUGCAGUGUCUUGGCUUUGAUCACAAUUUCACAUCAGUUGUCACUUGUAGCUCUUCAUAUUGUAACAUUUUGACACCACCAGUAAUUUUGGAACAUACACUUUCUCACUUGUUAACCUUCAUGCAUUAAGACAACUGAGACCAUACUCCCAUUUUUUUUUAAUGGAACAACAAAUUAUAACAUUAGAAGUAAUGUUUUCCUGGAUUUAAGGCAGUAUCAUCUUCUGUGAAGAAAACGCAUUGCAAAGUCCCCUUUAAUUAAAUUUCUACUUAAAUCAAGUUUACUGUAUGCUUAACUUCUCCCAUCCUUACCAAGUGACUAACUCCAUGAAGCAAAGAAGUAGACCUGUGGAUUGAGGUUAGUAAAGCAUCAUCUUCUUCACUAAUUUUAAUUUUGCCUCAUGUUCUGAAAGCAUUCAGUGCAGCAUUACACUGUUCUAACAUACUUGUUUUUGUUCCAUAAGUUUAUUUGACUAUAUGAAAAGUCAUUGGAAAUUCUCUGAAGGUGCAGCUCUUAAAAGUUGGAACUUCAGACUUUGUUUCUUCUGUUGAUGAUUUCACUGUGAGCAUGAUCUGAAUAUUUCAUUUUGGUUAUAGAUGUGCUCUGUCAGCACUGAAAGAGUAUUUCUUGUAAGGGGAAAGAUGCUGUUGAAGCAGUUUGGAAGCUAAUACCUGCCUACCGGCUGAAUAGCUUUCUGUCUUUCUGAUGGUCAGCUGGUGUGGUAUUUUGUCUGUUAUUCUGUUUGUUCUAUCAGAGGAUUCCUGAUAAUUCUUGAUGUAAAGUGUCUUUGAUUUCACCUUAAUAUUCCCUGCUCUGGAUUACACGGGAGGUGAGUGUAGAUGGAGAAAUACCCAACUGGAUUUUAUGCCAUCUUAAAGCAAAUUCCUGACUGUUUAUAACAAAUCCACUUCAACUUUCCAGUGAAUUAGAAACUUCUGUGCUAUUAACACCUUUAAUUUGAAUGAAGAUGAUAAUCUCAUGGCAACCAUUAAUCCUGAUCAUUUAGCAUGAUAAACAUAACAAAAAGCUCUGCCAGGCCAAUUUAAAAGCUGUGCUAAUCUGCCAUUUUUGGAUUGCUGCCAUACUCUCCUCUGGAGAUCUACUGUGUCUUUUUUUUUUCUGGUACAGACAAAACGGCCACAAAUGUAGAUGGAUGCUGAUGCAGACUUAUUUUUAAGACUGAAUACUAAACUGUUAAUCUCUGAACAGAAAAUGUGAUGAUUUCUUGAUGGUACUUGACAGUAUUAUAAAUACUAUUGGUGAUAAAGUGAGGAACAUCCCAGCAUGCAAGACUGGAGAGGGACAGAUGCUGACUUCCCCAGGCAACACAAUGAGUGGCAGAUAUGGCAAAGCUUGAAGAAAACUAACCUUUAACUGCGAUUAAGAAACAGGACAGAGGGUUUGGCUUUACCAGGAAGGAAAAAGUAACGGCUGUUCCUUCUUUCUGAAGCUUUAAUGUUUUAAUUCAUUUUCCAAGGAUGACUGCUGAAAAGAUAAGUAUUUUUCUAGCCUGAGUAAGCUUAAAAGAUAUUUCAGCAUUAAGCUAUUGAAAUAAUCAGAAUUGCAAUGUCCACAGGUCUCUGAGUGCCCUACCUUGUGCAUAAUGGUUAUGAAUCACCAAGUGCAAUGAUUAACAGACUUUUAUCAAAAUCACAUGUUGCAUUUAAAGAAAGGUUGGGAAGUGGGAGAAGCCUGUGUUACAGCAGCAUUACAGUCCAUUUACAGCAAGCUGCAUAUGUUGCAAGAGGGGUUAGAAACCUGUAGCAACUCGUCUGCACCUAGAAACCUUCUCCCAGUGGAUUAUCAACAUAGUGAACAGGCAGCUAUUAAGAGGUGCAGAAUCACCAGAGGGAAGCCUCUUAAUUCCCUUGGUUUGUUAUGGUGGGGAAGAUAUGUGACAUGUAAGUCUGAUAUAAUAAUGACAUACAGAGGAAUAAAAGUUCUUUAUAGAUGCUCCAAUCUAUUGUUUUGUUUUAUAUUUCCAGAACAAAGCAUUUCAUGUAUUUGCAUAAUAAGAAGCCACCAGUUUACUCUGUUGAAUCAUGAAUAGUGAAGGUGUUUAAGUUUGUAGGUUAAUGGUUUUCUCAGCAAAGAAUAGAUGAUCAUUAUUCUUUUGUGCAGGCCCCUUAUCUGUUUGCAUUCAUACUGUUCCUGUGAGCAGUGCUGCAAUCUAUCAGUGGGAAUAUAUUUCUAUUUCAUUUGUGUUCCCCCUGUCAGGGCCCUGAAUGUAGUAAUAGACCUUAAUGGCUCAGCAUGGUCCAUUCACCCACAUCCUCUGACCAGAGGCUCUAUUUCAGCUCAGCCCUGGCCUUUCAGUUCCUGCUACACAGGCUGUGGGUACAUCCAUUUUCCCAGUCAUGCCUGUGCAAGGCAAUGGAUCUUGUUGCUGUGGUCCUCUGCUCUGGUCUAAUUCUCUGGCUGCUGUCCUCUUCAUCCAUGCAGAUGGUUAGUACCUAUCUGCACACAGUUGUGAGCACUCUGCUCCAGCUCACCCUGCUUUGAGCUGAGGGCUCGGGUGAAAUGAUUUCCAGAUAUCUCUUCCAACCUCAGCUGUUCUGUGAUUCUCUUCUAGCAAUCAAAGACUGGCUAUCUUAAUCAGGAUUGAAAUGACUGCCUUGCCCUGCAGUCUGUCUGUUUCAAGGGAAGCUGUCCUGUGUGUCUUUGUAAUAGCUUUACAGAGGAAUAUUAACUCCAAAGGUGAAUGAUCUCUGUCUUACUACAAUAGGCAAUAGAGAUUGUCUCAGUGGCUGAAAAAAAGCCAGUAUACUAAAGCAGCCUUCAUUGAACUCCCUUCCCUUCAAAAAAGGAUACUUUUUAAAAAUGAUAAUAUGCUAUGUAAUCUGAGAGUUCUAAUAGCAGGAUAUUGGCACAUUCUUAGAAUGUGAUCCAAUUAAAAUGUUCUGUGAACCCGCACAUCUCAUUGCCAAAAACUUCCUAUGCUUUAAGUCUUCAUACAUCAUGUAGCUAUUUGUCCUCAACUGCAUCCUCUGUUCAUGCUUCUUGAAUAGCUGUAAGCUUAUCUGAUGGCUUUUAAUCAGGAAAUGGCAGAAAUUGACAGCCUCAAGCUGUCACUGCACACAAAGGCAUCAUGAGGCAUGUAUCUAUUAAUCCUGUGAAGGGAGCCUGUUCAAGUCCUGCUGCUCAUAAUCUCCUGUUGGAACCAAUAUUGGCUAAUGACUUCAGUGGUAUCACACUUGGCAAAAAUUAAACACAUAUUUUAUCCUAUCCUAAAGCUAUUUCUAUUUUCAGGCAUCAUAGAUAAGGAUGCAAAAUGGACGAGUAUUGAUAUUCCAUGUUGAAUUUAAGACAAUACUGUAAAAAGAGUGAGCAGUGCUGGCAGAUCUGAUGGCAUUUGUCUGGUGAUGUUUAGCUGGCAAAGAGGUAUCAGUUCUGACAACCUAAUGAUUCUAAUGGCCUUAUAAUGGUUUUUUGAGAACCUGUUGUUCUAUUGUGACAGUGACAAUUUCCUGAGUAUUAAGUCCUAUGCCAAAGAACCUGAAGAGUAAGGCAGCAGGCAGUAUGCAUGCGGUCAGCUGCUUGCUGUACAGAAUGGUCGAGCUACUGACCUUCAGAAUCACUUGCUGCUGCUUUUUGACAAUCCUCCAAGGCCGGAGUAGAAGUUAUGAUUUAAGAAAGUUAGGAAUAUGUUUGGGAGUAGGACUCUGCAUUUUGCAAACCUGGUUGACAAUGUCCAGUCCUCACAUGCUUAUAAACGUGGGUUUUUUUUCCCCCUUUCGCCUGUUUUCCAUUUGCCUAGCGAUGCAUUUGGAUCAGCUUCAUCCUGGGCUUCCUGAAAGUGCCUGUCUCAUGCUGGAAGGAAUGACAUUUUUCUGGUCAUCAGGCCAAAUGUGUUGAUGACCCCAAAGCAGCAGUGGCAUGCCACAUGUCUGUGUUUCUGACAAACACCUUAAACCUAUUCCAACUCUGAACUUCACAACCCAUUCAAGCCUCAUUUUUCUGAGGCCUCAUCAUCUUAAUACUGGAAUUUUCAAGACCAAACUUCUUCUCCUUUUAUCCCUUCACUGGUAAUGAGUUUUACGCCUUAAUAAAAGAUACAACAAAGUACAAUCUAGCUGCAAUUUCUUUUAAGUCACUAUGGAGUCACUGAUUUCAUUGUGGCAUUGUCAGCAGUACAAAAGCAGCUUCUCAGCCAUCUUCUGUAAAUUAAGUAUUACCUUAAGAACAGGUAAUAGAAAGCUGUUUCUUAUACGGUUACUUUUUCUAUCCAAAUCAAAUAGUUUGAGUUCAGCUGAACUCUUGCUUGCUCUGUUAGAAAAAGCUUUCAGUACCAUUUCCAUUGCCUAGACAGAAAUUUGCAGUGAGGAGGUUUUGUAGAACCUCCCUGAAAACGUGUGAUCUUUGUAGAAUGGGCUGCUUGUAAAAAGCCUUCCAAAUCCUGCCUUUGUUCAUACUGCACAGGCCUGGGCUGUGAAUGAUCUGCCAGUAAAUAAAAAUGGCAUGCCGAUCUCUUGCUUUUCCCCACCUUCUCAGACGGGUAUUUUAGUUCUGACUGCAUAGCUGAGCAAUCUGAAAAGCAUUCCGGAUGAGCAGCACGUCGACUUAUGCCAUGUUAUGGAAAGAGGCUGCUGUUUGCUGGUGGGCAGCGUAAUUUGAGUCACGUGUGUGGGUUUAUUAGGCAUGGCUUCAGAUAACACUGUGAAAAGAGGGAAUUAUUCCCUAUUUUACAGCCCAAGUGGUAUAAAAAUAACUUAAAAAGAGCUGGUGGUGGCUGGGCCUCUGGCUGCCAUGGGGCUAAGAGGAAGGGAUGCAUGCAUGGCUGUGCUGCACUGUGUGGGGUCUCACCUUCUGCUGGUUCCCACAGUGCUAAGCUCUUACAUGGCUGGUAGAACUCAGGGCCAUUUGAGAAACCAUUGCUGAUAACCAAAAGGUUCAGGAGAUUUUAAUACAUUUAAGAGGGGAGGAAGGGAUAAGAGCUAAAUCUUGAAAUACCUAAGAGCUUGGUUCAACUGUGUGGCUGUAACUGCAGCUAUCAGAAAACCUGCCUUUAUGAGGAAAAUGAAAUGCUGUUGCUGCGAUGUAAAAAUGUUCCUUUCCAAAAAUUCAGCAGUCUGCAAAUGGAAGUCAGGCCAAUGAACAACAAAUCAGAUAAAAUGGAUUUUAUUCUGCCAACUGUUGAUGUAAUGAAAUAAUGAGGAAAAAUGCUGUAAACAGUGCUUGUAUUAAAACACUGCAUCUUCAAAUCUAACUUUUCUUUUAAUUGGACUGUCAGGAUGGUGAGACCUCACAGUGCUUACAGGAACCCAUGAAAACUCAAAAGGGACAAAAGAAAUACAGUAAAGCAGCUAAUUUCUAGCACAGUGCUGGUCUGUCUGUCCCUUUCUCCCUAUCAAUAUAGAUCAUAACAGACUGAUUCCUCACUGCAAAACGUUCUUUGUUACCAGUGGGUCUGAAGCUGAUGGAAUGCUGCACUGAGUGGGAAGUGGGGAGGUAGCUGCUGCCAGCACAGAAAGCAAUCAGCUUUUCCUUUUGAGUAGAGCUGAUAAAAUGUUCACCCUCACCAAAGGGAUGGAAAAAUCUCUCAGCUGUCUUGUGGGAAACAGAGCACUUUGUGUGAGGCUUGUGUGUGAGGCCUUGGGCAUAAAAGAGUUAAGGAUAUCUGCAGGAAAUAUUCUUGAGAGGUUGCAUUAUAGCUUCAGUUUUAGUUUAUUACAAUUUCUAUGUAUACACAAUUUAGCUUAGCACUGUGAUUGUUAUUAGCUGCUGCCUUUGGUUGUCAAGAUUCCUGCAAACAUGUGGCCAUUUAACUAAUUAAAGUUGGGCCAACUGCACAGCAUCAGGCUGUGGACUCUCCUGCUAAUUGCACUGAGCUUUCUACCUGUUAAUUUAUUAAGAUAAAUAUUUUCAGAAGGCUUUGAUAAUUAAUAGCUAUUUGUGAAUUGUACCUCUCACCUGUCACUAUCCUCUUAGCUUACGUGUUCCCAAAACAGGAGAUUGGAGCAUUAUUCCCUGCAACAUCCUAACAACAUGACAAGCAGAUCUGAGAGAGAAAAUGAAUCUGGAAAUUGGAACUGUCUAAAAGUAGGGCAGGACUGGGUGUGGGCAGAGCAUCAGGUUGGUGGGAGUGUGCUCUGAUCCCAGCUCUGCUGCUGCCUACUGGUGUGAUUUCAUUCUGAUCAUAUUAGGCUUCUACGGCCCAAUUCGACAUCAGAAAAAUUAAGAUCAUUGGUUGUUUGCUUUGCUCAAGUGACACGUAACCUGGGUUGAAGGGUACUGUGCUGAUGGGGAGACCUUUCAUUGUAGCCCCGAGGUGACAAGAAGGAGAAGCUCAGGCUGAGCCCUGCAGGGAGUGCAGAGGUGACACUGCAUGAUUGGAGGCUGCUGCUCAAAGAAAUGUACUUCGUACAUUUGUUGUAUGUACCGUGUAACAAGACUAAAAUCUUCUGGAGGCCACACUGUAAUGGCAGCAGUAACUACAGGGAGAUGUCUGCGCCUCUGUUCUACAGGUGUGAUGCUCUGACUCCAUGCAUGCACCCGUACUUGAUGUGAAAUUCAUUUCCAAUGGUGUGGAGAUGGAUUGAGGGUUAUGAGUACCAGAGAUGUUCUACAGGACCUCUACCUUUUUUUUAACUGCAUCCUCUUCCACCUUUGCUAGAGCCUGCAGUUUCAGUUGCACGGCAACAUUAAAAUUGACUUUGGAAUUAAUUUUAAAUAGAUUAAAUACUUGUGUCUUAGAAUCUCACAGCAAAUGCCCAUAAUCUGGCAUAGCAAUUUUCUUUGAUUUACGUCUUAAAUAUCUUCAUGUAGAUAAGAGGUGUUUUGUACCCAUUUUUUAAAAAGUGGCUCAGUGAUGAGUUAUGAAGAAACUUUUCUUGCCUGGCUUCUGCCACGUGUUUUUUUUCUUCUUUCCAGCAGCAGCAGAACUGAAGACUUACAUGACUGAUGGAUUCAUUCAGGGCAUCUCGGAGGUAGGUAGGAAAAAUAACUGUUGACUUAAUGGAUGAUGGUGGUUGAUGUGAACCUAAAAGAUUAAUGCAUAGCUAAAAAUGACAUCUCAGAUCUUGAAACAUGUAGUUUUCUGGGCUGUAAAUAUUCUCUAUUUAAUACCAAAACGUAAAGUUGAACCUUAGUAAUAAUUCUUUCUUCAGCAGUGAUCUGUCUGUGCUGAGAUAUUUUUAUAAUGCUAGCCAUUGAUCUUCUCAAGAGCUGCUGUGUUUGAAAUAAUUAUUUCAGAGAAACAUUGAAAAAGAAGCAGGAUCAUCUUUGCAUGAGAUUUUUUUUUCAUCUCUUAAAUAUAUUCACUGUAGAAAUACCUCCCUCAGAAGAGGUGAAGAUCAUUCCAGCAUCCUAGGCUGCUUUUUUCCUGCUCCAUCUGCCAGAAGUUUUGCAGCUGGCACAAUUUGUUUAUUCUGUUCAAUCUGUGCUCUCUUAAACCAGCAAUGAACUUGAUGAUCAGUGUGCUGGGUUCUUAGCGUGCAGUUUUCUUUCCACUCUGAGCUACUCAUUGACUAUUACCACACAUCACAGUAGCUUUUCCAGUGCUUUCUCCUGCAAGGCAGAGUGGAAGCAGUAGCAGAUGGAUUGAGUGAUGGGGUCUCUGCCUUCUUGGUAGGUACCUGGUGAGUGGAGCUGAAAUCUGGCACUUUGUUCUGUUAUUGCUGUCAGCAGAGUCCCCAGCUGCAGUGCAGCAAUGAGAGUAGCGACAGUCUGCUUUUGCAGACAUGAAAGUUGUGAGGAGCCUGUUAGCUACCAGAAGGCCAGUCUUGGGAAGUACUAGUCCUAAGAUCUGGAGGGUAAGACCAGGGAAACAGCACCGUGUUUGAGGCAGCUGUUGAGCAAGGAAUAUGAGUCACACAGCUCUGCUCCUGGCUCCGUUGUUUGGCUUCUGUUGAUCAAACAGCCCUGGCAAUGGGCUAGUCCUGUUACCUCCCUUAAGGGAAAAUCCUGCGCUUAACAAAAUGCCUUGGAGCAUCUGAGUGAAGUCAAAAAGAGACUGAGAGGAGGGAAAAAUUUUCAACAGGACAGCUGGAGAACGUGGAUGGGGAUGUAGGGAUAGGGAGGAGCUACAGGAGCAGCGGGAUUGGGCAGGAACAGGGAAAAGUGAGCAGUCAAAGUGUGAACAGAUACAAACAAGGAAGCAGGCAUUUAUGACGAUUUCCAUCACGAAUUAUACCAUUAGUACAGUCUUCACAAACAUACUGCCUCCCUCUUCCUAUUCUCCUGAAAAUUAUUGCCUCCCAACAAAGCCCCAGCCCUCCAAAUGCUCCUGAUACAUAAUUCAUGUACAUGCAGGACUGUCAUUUUUUUUCCCUUGCAGAUCUUCCCAGAGCACUCAGGAGAGACCCAUUUAUCAGAUCCAAAGCAAAGCUUUGUUUUCCUCUCUCCUCCCAGACAAAACCCUCACGCCCAGUGCCAGCACUCGCAGCAGCUUGUGUGUGUGUGCGUGCUCAGGACCCUGGCAGCUCUUGAAUAGAAGUGGUGGAGACCUGGCUGUAGCUGAGGACAAGGACCCUGGGGACGGGUGAAACGGGACCUUUCUGCUGCUGGGGCACUUCCUCUCACCUCAGCACACCAACAAUUUCUGCACAGGAGGGCAGGGAGCUGGGGAAGCACUGGAGAGUUUCAGAUCAUAUAAUUGACUUUUUUCCUCUUCCCUCCCCCAGCGCGCUGAAACACCUGUAAAGGAGCCAUGCCUUCUUCUAAAAAUAAGCAAAAGAAGCAGUCUCUAACACCCAAUUAUCUCAGGCUGGGAGAAACAGAUGUGAUUAAGGUUUUAAGGCAGCCUUCAAACGGGCAUCUGAAAAUAUGUCCAAACUGCAAACGACAGCAGAUGUACGGUGGAAGGGAAUGUGGAUGGCAGUCAGUGACUUGAGAAGUGCACAGGAUAAUAAAAGAGGUGUUAACAGAUGGGAGAUUAAAAAAAAAAAGAAGAAAAGAAAAGAAAAAAGAAAUGAAAGAAAGAAAGAAAAAGAAGGAUGUGGGAAGAGCAAAGCCCGUGAAGUAACUGUUGAUAGAAGAGGAGAAGUGGGAAAAUGUGCUUGGGUGGAUAUGUCUGGAGGAGGGGUCUGAGGCCACCAGAUCUUGUCCAGAAGAAUUAGCAUUUUCCUUCUCUUGGGAACUGAGUGGCUGAAAAGCUCUGGUCUGGGGAAUAUUUUUUCCAGGUGUGUUUCUGUAUUCCUGUGCCAUGCUGUCAUAGAGUCGGUCCCAUACUGCCUGGCACCAGCCGUGUCUGUCCCAUGGACUGAGUGCUGUGCUGGCCUGCAUGUCAUGAAAUGUACUCAAUUCUCAAGCCCUGUCUAAUUCCACGAGCAGACAGCUAAUCCAGAUAAUCCUUUUUUUUUGUACCCCCUCCCUGCCCCUAGAAAUGACACUGCUGUUUUGGUGCCAGGUUUAAAGCCUUCUCCAAAUGACUCCCAGGUACAGGGAGGCUGAACAGUCUGAAAGACAAAAUAAGUUCCCGUCCUGAUGCUUGUUGCGACCUAACUUACCCAACACAUUCAUGAUUGCUGCCAACAACCAGAACAGCUCAAGUGUCUUUUUAUGACACUUGCUUUUCUUGCAGAGGAGAUGACAUCUGGCUCUUCUCUCGGUAACAAAACCCUCAUGACAGCUCGAAGGACUUGCUGAAAUUGCCAAUGUCCUCUCACCAUGCACCAGGAGCCAGGUGAGGCUGCGGGGAAGGGAGUUGCUGCUCUCCACCGACACUCAUCCCGAAGUGAACAGUGAGCCCCAGAGAUAAUAGUGAAGUCAGCAGCUCCUUUUCUGCAAAAAAUAUUUCACAGUCGGACCAUCCAGGAUUUGUUUUUUUGCAUCGCCAGCCUUCAGAUGUGCAGGAAAAGUGAUGUUUGCAGAGGACUUUGCUGCUUGUGCCAGCAAUCAGAGCCGAAUUAAAGGACUUGACGCUGAGAGGGGAUGAGGACACUGAGUCAACGUGCAAUCUAAUCCGAUAUGUCAAAGAGAAAGAGGGGCUUUUGUGCUGGUUAAUGGACUGUCCUUUGGAGAUGCAGCACUUGCCUCCGGGAAUGACGCACGCACCGGCCAGGCUGGAGUGCUCAGAAGGAAUUAGGCUGUAUAAUUUCAGGUUGCCUUUGACUCGAAGAAAGUUUUUAGAGAUUCAUUCCUUAUUUAUUGACGUGUUUGCUUUUGCUGCAGAGAAAGAAAAGGAAAAGUCCUGUGAGAUGAAAAAAAUAACAAAACACUUUCCAUCUUACUUAUAAAAAGCGCCUCAGGAUUUUUUACGAAGUCCCAGUUACAAAUUGCCUGCAAAGUUAAUUGGAGGACUGGACAAAAAGCAUGGUUUUUUUUUUCUUUACAUGAAUUCUUGCCCUUGCUUUGCCUAAGUGCACUCUGUGCUCAUGAUAUUGAAUGUGACCAUGUGCAGAAUAAAAGAUGAUUGCUUCUGGAAAGUUCUUUUUCUUUAAAAAGGCAAUAAAAAGCAUCCUCAAGUUGCUCAAAA